AUGUUGUCCUCAGCUUAUGUGGUGCGAGGACUGCGAGCCUCCUCGUCUCGCCUCCAAUGUCGGCGUUACGCUUCCCAUGAGGCGCCCCAAUACAACGAACCCUCCGGUUGGCUCUUCGGUGAAAAGCCACCACCUCCAGGCCAAAAACGAGUGAAGGAGGAUUGGGAAAACAUUUGGUACAUUGGAAUGUUUGGAAGCAUGGCCUUCGCUACGGUGAUGCUCUACUACAAACCGGACACGAGCAUACAAACGUGGGCACUAAAGGAAGCAAAGGAGAGAAUGGAGGCUCGCGGCGAGAAAUUCAAAUACGAGCCUCAGUCACCGCCACCUUCGUCUUAG